ACUUCCUUCAAAUAUUUUAUUAUCGGGGCAAAAUUCCCACACUCUUUUAUUUUUCUUUUGCUUUGUCUGGGGAACUUGUCCAUAUCGGAUGUGACAGCAUUCGUUUACGACGUAAGCGACACACGGAGACAGAUGGUCAAUGAUAAUAUACCAAUUGAUUAUGAUGGACUCAUUGAAAAUAUUAUCAAAGACGAUAAUCUAAUCUCCUGAUAAUCUAUCAAGUGUGAUUUAUCAUCAAAGAUACAGGGUGUCGAUGCAAUUGAGCAAUCGCUUAAAACAAGCGAUCACAUUUUGAAAUCGUCAGUUGAUUUUUAAGCGUUGAAGGAAUCAGAUGGAAGUGUAAAGAUCUAACUUAAGUGAAGUGUUACAACAAUAUUUCUCUAUAAAAAAAGUUGCUCAGUGACUUCGUUUUGAUUAGGCAAUUCAAAAAACGAGAGCUGAUUUUUUUUACAUUUCGAAUAAUGAAUAUAUGAAAAAAUAAUCUAGAAAAAUAAACAGAUUAAUUCCGAAAUACUUUAUUAUAACGAAUAAAAAUGGGAAAUUCCGAUGAGCAGAUGACCGAUGGUUCAAAUGAACAAAAUAAUUCAAGAACGUUAUCAACUGUUGAAAAUGCUGCACCACAAAAACUUCCCUAUCCGAAACGUGUAUUUUUUAUCAUCGGCAAUGAAUUUUGCGAACGAUUCAAUUUUUAUGGAAUGAAAGCAAUUUUGGUACUUUACUUCAAAAACAAAUUGGGUUAUUCUGAUAAAAAUGCAACUGUGGUGUAUCAUAUGUUUGAGAUGUUUGUGUACUUUAUGUGCAUCUUUGGCGGUAUCCUUUCUGACGUCUGUUUUGGCAAAUUUAACACAAUUUUGUAUUUAUCAAUUGUUUACUCGAUCGGAAGUGUUAUUGUGUCAAUUGGAUCGAUUCCAGUCAUCGAUUUUUCACCCGAAAUUGCACUGUACAUUGGGUUGACUUUUAUCGCACUUGGCAGUGGUGGGAUUAAACCAUGCGUCUCAUCCUUCGGUGGUGAUCAAUUCAAAAUGCCGGAGCAAGCAGCCCAAAUCGCCACAUUCUUCUCAUUGUUUUACUUCUCAAUCAAUGCCGGCUCGCUCAUAUCAACAACAAUCACUCCGAUUUUACGAGCAGAUGUACAUUGUUUCGACGACAAUGAUUGUUUCCCACUUGCCUUCGGAGUGCCGGCUAUUUUGAUGGUUGUAUCCUUAGUAUUUUUCAUUAUCGGAAAGUCAUCGUAUACAUACGCAAAAACUGCCGAAGAAAACAUGAUCAUUCGCAUGUUUAAAUGCAUUACGAAUGCGAUCUCCACCAAGUAUCGGGAAAGAAGUACCAAUCCCCGUGAAAAUCUCCUCGACUAUUCAAUAGACAAAUAUGGAGCUCAGUUGGUUAGCGAGACGAGAGUUAUGCUGAAAAUUCUUCUGCUCUAUUUGCCCUUGCCAUUCUUCUGGUCUCUAUUCGAUCAACAAGGCUCUCGAUGG